UAAGACUCUAAGUACGAAGGAAAUGACUUUUCGUAAUCCAGUGGAACCCCCGCAGAAAUAUUCGUCGAAAUCGAGUAUCGAUUUAUGCCCGAUUAGCCGUCCACGUCUUUCAUUCAUCGAAUAAUUCACGCUUUUUAUCGACCGAGAUAAUAUUGGUGAGAUUUCGAUUACUUAUCGUCGAAGGUCGCUGCUGUAAACGCGUAUCGCGAUAAAACUUUUCGUGAUUCAUUCGACUUUCGAUUUAUCGCUCUCUCUUUAGAAAACUCGUACUUUCUUCCAACUGGGUUCGAACUGGGUGCUUUUUCCGUACUCGUGUAUCUGGCGAUUUGUCGAAACUUGGAACGCGUCUUUUCGGUAAUCCGUUGGCCAACCGAGGCUAAAAUUAGUUGGAGAUAGAAAGUAUAAUGUAGAGUCGAUACGCUGUAGAAGUUCGUUAUCUCGUGGGUUCGAGCGAUUCAGCUCCACGAAGGACAAGGAAUAAGCCCGCGGUACGCGUCCAGCUCCGUCGGGGUACGCUUUCCCCACCUCGACGCUUCGAAUAAACUCUCUCGAUCCCCUCUCGAUCCUCGUCCGGUCUUCCGUCUUCCUCUUCGUUCUUCCCUCCAUUCUUCCCUUCCCUCGCGUAAUGCGCCACGCCGAGAAAGACAGGGAGAGAGAAAGAAAGAGAGAAGUAGCUCUUCUCUUUCUCUUCCUCUCUGGUCUCUUGCUCCGUUUCUCCGCUACCUCUUCUUCUUCAUCUGGGUUCCUACCCUCGGUGUCUCUCUCUCGUUGCGUACGCACUUACCUGCGGAACGCGGUCGUACGUGCUCUCGCGACGGUGGCGCUUCGGAUCCGCUCUCUUUCUCGGCCGAGAUCGUGGCUCGAUCCUCGAUCCUUGAUCUUCUUCCGAAAAAUCGUCGCGAUCGGUGUUUCGAGGAGUUUCGAGGAGUUACGAGGCCGCCGGUGCGCGGAGGCGGCGUCGAGUGCGCCAGUGACCCACGAUCGAACCGCGGUAGCCGAAAAUCGAACCAGUUUCCAGACGAAACCGGCCGAACUGGAAGCGAGUUACCGGCUAACUCGGCCGUAUUUUCGGUGCCAGGUUCGCGAGACGGUUCUUCGUUUCCGUUCCGGACCGCCGCUCUCCCCUCCAACUCGCUUCUUCUUCUUCUCCUUCUUCUUCUUCUUCUUCCUCUUUGGACGGUUGCGCAAGCAGGUAUUCGGAAAUAGCCCAUGGAUCGCGGUUAUGAAUCGAUAGCGAACACAUGCUGGACACGCAGCCCACGCCGGCUUCCUCGUCGAGGAUUACGCGCGAUUAUUCGCCUCGUGCCGCGUCGUCAUUCCAGCGAACGAUCGUUCGAAAACGGUGUUUGUUCGAUUUUCGAAGAAGAAUCGCUUUCGAUCGCUAGACGUUGAUCGGCGAUCUGUGAUACUAGGAACAGUGCAUCUUCGGACUUUCAGCCGUUUACUCUUCAAGGAACUGGAACAUCGGAACUUUGAAAAUUUUGUUAUGAACGAAAGACACGUGGUACCACGGAUAGAGUGUGUCUCGAAAAGAAAUUGGAACUUGGAACAAAUGGUCGCGAACUGAAAAUCUGUGAUACUAAAAAUACCGUAUUCGGAACUUUGAAGCACCGAUUCCCCAAAGAAUCGGAACCUCGAGGAACUUGUCAUGGGCUGAAGGGACCUGUCCAGCUACGUAUAGUGCACCGUAUGACUUUCAAGGCCAUGCUGCAGAGAAAGUCGUGAAUUGGUCCAACUCGAAGUCCAUCUACGACCCUAAAUUUGGAUCGUAAAACUCAUCUUGGAAGAAUUCGACCUCGGGAGAAAAGAUACCGUGAUCUAUCCAGUUCGGAUCCGAAUGACAGGGCGUCUAACGCGUGCGAAAUCGUGGACGCGUUGUCGUCGCGCUGCGUGAUCGAGGACCCCCAAAGGUCCUAGCAUGGGAUAGAAAGAUUCGAACGACGCCUCGGUCGUGACGAUCGAAACUCGAUCGAUGGCUGAACGGAAAUUUCGAAGCGUUGUUCGUGCACGCUCGAACCGAAGUGAUGUAAUAGGUGGCGCGAAAUCGAGCGAAUGACAGUGAUCCGAGGGAUUCGUGUAUGUACAGCGAGCACUCGAGGACGGCACUCAUGUACGUCGACUACAGCGGCGACGUUUAUGCCGGAAUGGGAAUCAAGGCCAUGAAGUCCUUUGCCAGGCCCAGAGAUAUACCGGCGCAAGUGCCGCCGUUAACACCUGGGACCAACAAGAAGAUGACCGAGGCCCUAGAGGCCUCUUUCGCCUCGUGGGAGAAGGAACGAGUCCGUCUGAACAUAACCAAAGACCCGCGGCAAUGGUCGGAAGCAGCUGUAGCUCACUGGUUGCACUGGGCAAUCGGUGAGUUUUCCCUGGAGGGUGUGGCGAUGCAACCCUGGCAACACAUGACAGGGAAACAGAUUUGUGCCAUGGGGAAGGAAUCCUUUUUGGCACGUGCUCCAGCCUUCAUGGGCGAUAUCCUGUGGGAACACCUCGAGCUUCUACAGAAAGAUGUCGACGCGGCGAAGGCCUCGCUGGAGAACGUGCCUGCCAAUGUGUACGAAAGCGUAUGCGUGCCAGAUUUAGGUGAUUUCUUGGGAUACCAGGGGACGGGGCAUCAGGUGGCGACGCCGGAACACAAGAGUCCAGCGACGCCCGCUAGUUCCACCACCUCGAACUCGUCGUCGACGAACCCUCGAACCGGGACACAACCGUCGGCCCCGUUGCAACCACCCUCCGCCACCGCCUCUCUGCCAUCGAGACAGUAUCAUAACGAUGGAGGCUACAAUCAUCUACGCAGUCCCGUAUGUCAAGACGAGAACCAGAGGGAUGAAACGUCGCCUCCACCCCAUAGCCAUACUACUCAAGCGCCAAACUCUCAUUCCAGUACUCCGAACAGCACCAACAAUAACAACAAUAAUAACAACGCGAAUAGCGCUUACAUACAUUUACGGAAUUUGAAUCAGCUCAAAACGGAGUCAAACUACAGCAGUCACCAUAUAACAGAACACCUUCAAGGAGGUGGCGGUGCAUUAACGAGCGGCAACGAUCUCGCAGCAACAGGAACCAACGAAAGCGAGCUGAGGGUCAGCCAGUCCGCGACGGACAGUUACAUGACCCCGGCUCAUUAUUCCGGCUACGACGAAGCCUCCGAGUACCACAGUCUGCCGCAGGAUCAUCAGCCGCCUCAUCCGUACAACGUGGACAGCUCACCGGAAUUCUACAGCACCAGUGGAAUUCAUCUGGAGCCGAAAUACCAGCCGUCGCCGUUCAAAAACUAUCCGCGAGGUCGCUACCAUGAAGGAUACAGCGAGGGUAGUGGAUACGGACAGUACGAUGCGACGCCAUUCCAAACGGUUCCAGGAAGCGGAAGCGGAGGUGGAGGUGGCGGCGUUGGAGGUGACCAGUGGGGAGUUGGCCCGCUCGAACAUCUCACUCAUCAUCCUGCAUUUCUGGCUGGCCUUGGACCACGGGACUCUUCCAAUCCUCAUCAUCCCUCCUCCAUUGGCAACAAUCCUGACCAGAAGCCUCUCCUACAGAGCGCUAUGAUUCCUGGUUAUACAAGUAGUGGACCUUGCUUUACCGGUUCAGGUCCGAUUCAGCUCUGGCAGUUUCUUUUGGAGCUGUUAACGGACAAAUCGUGUCAAGGAUUCAUCUCGUGGACCGGCGACGGCUGGGAAUUCAAGCUGACGGAUCCUGACGAGGUGGCACGUCGUUGGGGUAUUCGUAAAAACAAGCCUAAAAUGAAUUACGAGAAGCUGAGCCGUGGUCUGCGUUAUUACUACGAUAAGAACAUCAUUCACAAAACGGCUGGCAAACGAUACGUUUAUCGCUUUGUCUGUGACUUACAAAGUCUUUUAGGAUACAGUCCAGAAGAACUCCACGCAAUGGUAGAUUUGAAGCCAGAGAAAAAGGAAGAAGACUGAGUUUUUGUUACUGGAUGUGUCUGAGGACUGUGUCGUUGCUAAAAAAAUGGAAAAAGGAAUCUAAAUUCCUAGCUAACGUACUGGGACAAAGUUGAAACUCAAACGAAACAAUGUAACGAACAAUGUGUAACGAACAAAUGAUGGAAGAAGAAGCAACUGGUGUAUCGUUAAUGAAAGAAUUCUUCAAUGACGGAAGACAAGACUAACCAAUUAACGUCUUCUUCUAUGUCCAAAUAAUAUAUGAUAAAAUUAAAUCGGUCGUAUGUACCAAAGACAGGGUCUGCAUACCAUUGGUGCCUAAAGUUAAUGACUAAAAAAUUGUGAAUUUGUUUCUAAGUGAUUAAUUUGCCAAGCCAGAUUUUAGAAGAUAUUUAUAGGAAAUAACUCAACAGUUUAUACAUAUUAUAUAUAUAUAUAUAAAUAUAUUAUAUAUAUAUAUUUUUAAUGUUACAUGAUUUCUAAGCACUACUUCAAAGCACACGAUGCGUCUAAAUUAUUUAUGUCCCAUCAUUUUUAAACAUGCGUGUUAUAUCUUUGUUGACGAAUAACACCAUUAUGUGAUUGUUAUUACUAUAAUUUUACUACAAUAAAAGCCAUUAUAUCAUUAUUAAACGGCGAGCUUCAAAUUCGACGUUACAAUAUUUUUUUCUAUGCGUAGGUUAUCCUUAAGUUUAGUAUUAUACGAAAUAUUGUGUUUCCGAGCUCGCUUGGCCGCACCAACUGUAAAACACUCGUUUUAUACUUACUCUCGAUCUUUUCCCCUGUUCGCUUCCUCGAUAUUUUGAUGUACGACCAUUUUCAGGUGAUCAAUUAAGAUCGUUUCAAGCGCGAACUAAGUAUGCUGUUAAUUUCGCGACAAGUAUGUUUCGAUCAUGGAUAUUAUGCCCAUGGUUUUAAUGGCGUUUCUUUUUUUUCGCGAAAUCGUUUCGUUGAUCUCUUGUGUUUUUGCUAACGAUUGCACAUAUUGUUUUCGAAGGAAAGGGCGACGUGCAACCAGUGUUCAAGAUCAUAAAUGCGUAGAACAGUAUUUGUAAUAGAUAAUCGAUGUUUAAAAUACCGGUGAAUUAAAAAAAAUUUAUUCCAGAAUCUAACGUUUUUAUAUUUGUAUAGGUGAAACAUUACUGUUGAUGUUAAGUUAAAUCAAUUUUAUUCUGUGUUUAUUCUCUAUUUCAAAUGCUGUUUUACUCGUACAAUGCAACCUCGUUAUGUGAACUCUGAAUAAUUUGAAAAUUUGACCAUUUAAAAUUCCUUGCUCAUAUUGGAAAAGAAAGAGUGUCGUGAAGAUUUGUAAAAACGAAUUCGCUGUACAGACAAUAUAACGAGACUACACUGUACUUAUAAUACGCUGUAGUGUGUAUCGAAAACGUCUGCUUUCCGGAGAAAAUUUUCCAUUGGAUCUUUCGAGUCCGUCUCAAACGUGUAACAUGAUUUUUUUCGCGAAAUAUAUAGCAAUAAUUAAAAGUAGACGUUUUUAAGGGAUAUUUUACGAUCUUUGUUGUAUAUAAUGCGUAAACGGCUGAAGCGUUAGAACACUGGGUAACGUGUUUUAGAUGAAAUUGACAUAAUAAUGAUAUAUUUUAUGCGAUUCAUGAAUCUUUUUUAUUUGUAUUGUAAAAAUAUUGUUCGUCGUUAACGACGAGUUACAGAGCGAGGAAUGUAUACGUAUCUAUGUACGUAUGUAAUUACGUAUUUUAUAUAAAUUAUAAGCUUCUUUAAUUACAUUUGUUAAAUGUUCGCGUGAAGAGACGACGAUUAAAAACGAUGAUGUAGAACGGUAUUUGAUUAUAUAGAUUGUAAAAGAGAAACUCGUAGAUCGAUGAUUAAUUAUGAACUUAAAGGAAGGAAAGAAAAACGUUAACUAUGAAAUUUAGUUAAUCUCAAGAUUAGAGAUCUUGACAUAUCCGUCACGAUUGUUAAGUUUUCUAUGUAACGAAGUAAUUUAGAUACGUUUAUGAUUACCAGAACGUGGUUAACAGUAUACUGAUUUCAAAAGCAAGUCGUAAACGUUGGAUUAAAUUUACGAUGAUACGAUAAAUAUAUACAUAUUUCAGAUUUAUAUGAACAAUCAAUGAAAUCCAGAAAUUAUGUGUAAUAUUAUCAUUUACAAAUUAUUCCUCCUCUGCACACGACUGGACGUUCGUAAAUUGUAUUGAAUACUCUUAGUCGAAUAAAACAGCAAAACAGGAAUUAUAUAAAUCUUUCACGUAUUCUGUGUGUAAAGUAUUCGGUCAUCGUUUCUGACAAUUAUAUAAAGUUACGACAGCGACAUGUGAAAAUUUUUCAGUAGUUGCAAUAAAAUAAAGAAAUUUUUAUAAAUA